AUGCAGCUCUCCUUGACUCAACCAUGCUUCACUGGGACAUUCCUUCUGCUGGCAGUGUCAAACGUGCUCCUUUGGGAGCCUGUGACUUCCUCACCAAAAUACGGGGUGUCCACUGGAAGCCUCUACGAGCGUGUGGUUGGAUGGUCACACUCCACCCAUGACCUUGCUUCGAAAGCAUUCAUUGAGUUUGAUAUGAAGUAUGGUAGAACUUUGAACCAGUACCUGAUGUUUAGCCCUUGCCACACUGCCUCAAUCCCUACUCCAGAAAACAGUGAGCAAGUCCACCAGACAAAAUCAGAAGACCUUCUGAAAGCCGCUAUCAGUGUCCUACUAGCCUGGGAAGAGCCUCUGAAGCUCAUGGUGUCUGCAGUGGCUGCUCUUCCAGGUGUGUCUGAUACUCUGCUGUCAAGGACAAAAGACUUGGAAGAAAGAAUUCUAGGACUGCAGGAGGGACUGUCCACCAUACUCAGCAGGGUUCAUCCGGGAGAUGUUGAAAGGGACUACGCUUUCUGGUCAGGAUGGUCAGAUUUGCAGUCGUCUGAUGAAGCCAAUCGCUUUUCUGCUCUUCGUACCCUGUACCGCUGCGUGCGCAGGGAUACACAUAAGGUUGACAAUUUUAUCAAGGUCUUGAAGUGCAGAGAAGUUCAUAACAACAACUGCUGA